UUUCACGCGAACGACGAUGAGCGGCGACGAAAUCUCGCGAUUGCGAAGGAUGCUUCGCGAAUGCACGUUCACGCCGUGGAUGUGCCUGUGGAAGAUAAAGUACAUCAGAAAUCUCAUGGAUGCGAUCCUCAAUAUAGCCGUAACGUGGAACUUCGAGAAUGAGGUUGAGAUCUAUGGAUUCGUCAACAUACGUCGCCGACAUUGGAUACGACAGGCGAGACUGAAGCAACGGCGAUUCUUAAACUCCUUAUGGUGCGACCGGCCGUCCUAUAGAGAAUGGGAGAGGCGCUCCCCUGAUAUCUACGCCGACAUCUUUCGACUGAGAAGAUUGUUCGACAUGGAGCCGCUCGUCUCGGAUCGCGCGUUUAAAACCGAGGAUUUCUGCGACGACGAUUCCCCUGUGGAGAUAUGGUACUGCGACGCGAGCUCGCUCGAGGAAACGAGCUCCGUCAUUUACGGUUCUCUUACGGUUCCUAUGGUUCUUACGGUUCUCACGGUUCUUACGGUUCUUACGGUUCUUAUGGUUCUUAUGCUUCCUAUGGUUCUUACGGUUCUUACGGUUCUUACGGUUCUUACGGUUCUUAUGCUUCCUAUGGUUCUUAUGGUUCCUACGGUUCUUACGAUUCUUACGGUUCUCACGGUUCUUACGGUUCUUACGGUUCAUUCACGAAUGAACCCCGCGAUCGUUUCGCCUCGUUCGGGCGCGGUUAUACGGGUCGUUCCCUAA